AGUUGCUGCGCGUUGCGUCGCGUCGCGUUGCGUCCUGCCUUGCCCUGCCAAGGCCCCGCACCGGGGAGCGACGCCUCGGGCCCGGCCUGGCCCCGUCAUGGAGACCUGGGUCCGCUUCAGCGCCCAGAGCCAGGCCAAGGAGCGGCUCUUCAGGGCCGCGCAAUACGCCUGUGCCUUGGCGGGGGAUACGCUGCGGAGGAACGGGGCGAGUGCCGGGGUCUUGGCCAGCGUUCGGCAGCUGGAGGCUCACCUCAGCCUGGGCCGCAAGCUGAUGCGCCUGGGUAGCUCGGCCGAAGCAUUGGAGGCGGCAAAACGAGCCAUUCACCUGUCGGACAUGGUGCUGCGGUUCUGCGUCACCCUCAGCCACCUGAACAGGGCCAUGUACUUCGCCUGCGACAACGUUCUCUGGGCGGGGAAGACGGGGCUCGUCCCCAGCGUGGACCAGGAGAAGUGGGGCCAGAGGUCCUUCAGGUAUUACCUCUUUGCCCUCAUCGUGAACCUGAGCCGGGAUGCCUACGAGAUCCGGAUCCUGAUGGAGCGCGAGGCAAACGGGAAGCGAGCAAAAGGCAACGAGAACGGGUGCCAGCUCCGGGCUGACAAUGGGCUCCAGCAGCUGGGGCUGAGGCUGCAGAUCCAGCUCCGGCUUCUGAUCCGCAUCCUUUGGAACAACCCUCCUCUGCUACUGGACGUGGUGAAAAAUGCCUGCGACCUUUUUAUCCCCCUGGACAAGUUGGGGCUGUACAAAACCAACCCAGGCUUUGUGGGGCUGUGCGGCCUCACCUCCUCCAUCCUCUCUAUCCUCACUAUCCUUCAUCCCUGGCUCAAACUGAAGCCUUAGUUGUUCUCAGAGCCUGCCUCCAGGCUCAAAGCCAGCGCAGGCAGAUAUGUGGGGACCCUGGGGAGUUACUCCUAGGGCUGGGACACGACUAAAGCUGACUGGCUCAAUCCCGUUGCGUGCGGCUGCGCGUUCACGUCACACUUGGCUGCCGUAAUAAACGGGUUGUGGAGAUGGGAGAAAGGUAGAGGGAGUUUGUGGCGUCAGAGCCUGCAGGGACCUGCUCCCGCUGCCUUGGCUCCCUGCAUCGCUGGUGGGGAGGGUGAUACUCAAUGGACCUAAAUUUGGUUCUUCUCCCCAUCCACUGUAGGGCCUGUUUGGCUGUUUUAGGGCUUUAAUCUUUCCCCUCCCUCUUUGGGGGGGGUCUCUUAACACGGAGCCAGCCAAGAGGGAAAUAUUUGGGGCCGGAGAAAGCUGCCUGGGUCACUGGGUGCUUCUCCCAGACUGGGGGGGGGCGGGGUUUAAACCGCAGGGUUGGGGUGAGUCUAGCGCUGGCUGGGCGCAUCCAGCGCCCGUUUUGACACUUUAUCGUCCUUUUAAGAAACUUUUUAAGUGCAGACAGAGAGGGUGAGUUGAAAGGACUUUGACUGCGGAUGAGCCAUACUCAGCUGGGCAUUCAGAGGUGAGCUUGGAGUAAGUCCGUGGGGUCUUGGCCAGUUCCGCUCUGCCGGCUGGUCAUGGGUUUGAGGUGAGGUGGGGCAGGGUAUUUCCCUGUAGGAGAAUAUUUGCUUGCCUGCACCUUCCCUGCAAUCCCAGUGGGGAAGAAGUGACUGCAGCGACUCGCACCAAGCCUUGGGGUCACUCCCAGCCCUUGCUGCUUGGAACUCUCUGUGCCUGAGAACAGAAAGGGGAUUCAGGCAGCCCGAGCUCUUCCCUGCAGCUGUGAAGAAGUUGAAAUCUGGUAUUUGCCUCCCUCCCUCUGCCUGGUGCUGCGCAGGUUCAUCCUGCUGAGCAUUUUGCUGCAGUUUGCUUCUCAGAUGUCCUUUUUGGUGGCUUCUCUGGGGAUAAAUCGGGGAGGAGGCAGCUCAAUGCUGUGAUUCUCUGUGUCAGUUGUUCCCACCUGCUUUUCUCUCUGAGCUGGCACUGCCACCUCACUAAAAUUGCCAACUUUCCUUGGUUCCUGUGACACCGGCUAAUGCUGUUUAUGCCAGGCAGUGGGUUUCACUUGGCUCUAAAGAGUGUUUUACUUAACCAUGGACUGAAGGACACGCUUGGAACUGAUUAUUUGUAUCCAGAGGUGGGCUGUUCCUCGGUCCAUCCCUGGGAGGGCAAUACGGAGGGAGGGAGUGACCCCAUGUGCUUUUAAAACCCGCUGGGGUGGGUUUUUUGAGCUUCAGCAGCUUUUAAAACCCGCUGGGGUGGUUUUUUUGAGCUUCAGCAGCUCUGUGCACAAAGAGCUCGAGCUUCACGCGCUUCCAAGUACGUCUGCGCGGUGGCAAAGGCUUGUCCCUGGGCUGGAAACCUCUCACUUGAGAGCGCUACUUCGCGUUUGUUAGUUCAGACCCAGCUCCAGGACCUCCCUGGCAUUUUCCAUUCGGCAUCUCCCGGCUUUCUGUGGGCUCUGGGGUGAUACAGGCAGGGGAAGGGCUGAGUCGCUGGGAGAGGGUGGGUGCGUGCAGCCUGAAACUGAGCCGAACUGCCUAGAGCUUUAGCAAGACGGAGUUUAAUUCAGCUGGAUAACGAAGGAGGUGGCAGUAGGGUGUAAGAACAUGGGGUCUUUCUGCCUGCAAACCGAUUCAGUCAGGGAAGGUGCAGGGUGAGGUACUCAGACCCAAGUAUUUGGAUGGCGAAAGCUGCCCCCCCCCAAUUCCCGUCAGCCCAGGUAAAGAGCUGGAGCAAAAUCUCAGCUUGGACUCAGCGACUUGGAACUCUUGGUGGAGAAGGUAGAUUGGUUAUGAGAGUGAAAGGCAGCUGACCCUAGCACGUCAGCAGCCUCCGCGCGCUGUUACCGCAGCAGUUUUAACGGGUUAGAGCAAUAUUUUACUUUGGCGGAGGUUGGGAAGGUACGAUGAAGGGCUGCACGGCAUCUUCUGCUCCUCGCUCGCGUGUAAAUACUGUGUUAUAAAUAGACGUCUGCGCUAAUCAUGGUCCUGUGGCGGUUUGCAGAGUUAAUUAUUAAAGCCUGGUUGCUGAGA